UCGGGGCUGCCUACUUAAGUAUUCCAAACCGUUGGACAGGCUGCGACAAAGAACAGCAUCAGAGACCAAACCCGUGCACUGCGAGAAUCCACCACCAAACAAUUGGAAGCGUUGCCUCUGUCCACCAGAAAGCAGCCCAACCACAGUCUCUCUGGCACCCCUCGGAAUAUCCAAAACCAGCAUCACAAACCACCACACGAAGCAGCCAUGGCGCAGGCGGGAUCAUACAACAACCCCUUGAAGAAAUUCAAGCUGGUCUUCUUGGGAGAACAAAGCGUUGGCAAGACGUCUCUGAUCACUCGCUUCAUGUACGACUCGUUCGAUAAUAUGUAUCAAGCAACAAUUGGUAUCGACUUUCUAUCAAAGACCAUGUAUCUCGAAGACCGGACGGUACGACUACAGCUGUGGGAUACCGCAGGACAAGAGCGAUUCCGAAGUCUGAUCCCUUCAUACAUCCGCGACUCAAGCGUUGCCGUCGUGGUUUACGACAUCUCUAACGCAAAGUCAUUCCAAAACACCAAGAAAUGGAUCGACGAUGUCCGGGCUGAGAGAGGAAACGAUGUGAUUAUUGUGCUGGUGGGAAACAAGACGGAUCUUAACGACAAGCGAGAGGUCACGACCCAACAAGGAGAGGAGGAGGCCAAGAGGCAAGGCUUAAGGUUUGUUGAAACUAGUGCAAAGCUUGGCCACAACGUACAGAACCUUUUCAAGAGGAUAGCGCAAGCCCUGCCUGGUAUGGAGGGUUCCGACUCGGCUACUCAGGCCACCAACCAAAUGAUUGAUGUGCGGACAAACACACAACAGCCUCAGCAAGAAGGCUGCUCAUGCUAAACCAAGAUGUCAAGAAUUUAUGAUGGAGUAUGAAAGCUUAAUAAGAUAACCAACCCAGUAUCCCCAUUUCAGCGUCGCUUCGCAGUCACGAUGCAUUUAUGCCGAGGAUAGGAUAUAUAAUUCGAAUUUGGCGAGUGCAUGGGACUUUGUAUAAUACCUGCAAGGGGGACAACGUGCCCACGAUCGUUUAUACAUAUAUUAAUACUCUUUUUUACUGCUAAUCAAGCGCUUCAACUACUACUCAAAUCGAGUCCAGAUCAAUUGCUUCUCGAAGAAGAUAUUAUAUC